ACGACGAUGAAAGGGUCUAGGCCUGAAGGGUUGCGGAUGGAGGAGCUGCCAUGAGGAGGAGCUGCCAUGCUACGUCGAUUAAUGACCUCAGGGAUCGCCCGCUUCCCGUCGUGGUUUACACGUUGAAAGCCACUUGGUUUGUAUCCUGUUCGACUGACACCGCACAUCGACUUCACUUUGUUGUAUCUCAUCCCAAACGACAGUUUUCUUGCGCGCCUUAAACCAAUCGAGCGUCCCGCCGAACCUACAGACCAGGUUUUCAACUCCUAUUUCAAGCCAUUUGCGCGCCAAUUUUAUCUCCACGUAUCUCCGAGUGUCGAAAAGCAGUUCAACGAAGGUCCUUGGAUUUGCUGUAUGGGCAGACGACAACAUCUUCAUGCGCAACCGAGCAAAGUCGUCCGCACAGCAGCGGGGAGCGACUCAUACCUCCAACUUUGAUCCCACGACGGUCGACCGACCCAAGAGCAGAAGCAACGACAGCGUCAGCACACACACACACGCGACCGCCACGGCGCCAGCAACGACGAACGGCAAUGGGCUCGUCCGCCGUCUGCCCCAGCUCCAACAACAACAUCAAAUACCAGGGGCGCCGCCUCCUCCUCUCCCUCCUCCUCCUCCGCCGCCGCCGCCCUACCAUCUCCUCGACCAUCACCACCCCAACACCAUCGAAGCCAACAGCGCCAAUGUUCACAACGCCAACAAUGCCUCCCACACAACAACAACACCCAAGACAACAGCAGCGACUCCCACGGCGGCGACGGGAGCAGCGACACCGAUGACGGCCGAUAUGAACCACAGCAGUAACAAGAACGUCGAUAAACCCCCGAAUAUGACGGCCCACUCGUCUCUCCUCCAACCCCGCGUCGCCGUCGCCCUAGGCGUGCCCAAGAAAUGGCACUUCCUCCUCUGGCUCUGUCGCCAGUCCUCCACCUUUCCUGCCAUCUGGUGGGGUCUUCCGAGCGCGCUCCGGCUGCUGGCCAUGCUUCACCUGAUCGUUUUCGGCGGCAGUCCAACGACAUGGCAGCAUAUUUUCGCUCGGGUAGUAGCAGCAGGUGUAGGCAGGAGUGGUGGUGCAACAUCAGCAGGAGGAGGAGGAGGGGACAUGAUGGGCUGCGGCAGCGGUAUUGGUACUGACGGUGGUGCCAUGAUGAUGGGGAGUCCGGAUUUCUUGUCGUCUGGUGCUGGUGCUGGUGCUACCGGUGGUAGUAGUAGUACUACAAACUCUGGGGGUGGAAAUGGGAACUAUAACUACAGCCCGGUAGCUUCCGCAACAGGCUUUUCCGACCUCUCGUUUGAGGCGAGGCUGCGGUUGACGGAGACGUUGCUGGCUAUCGUAUGGUGCGGCGCAUCAGCCUACCUCUCCUUCUUCUUCACAGAUAGCCUCAUGUCGCGAUGGCUCGUAAACUACACCCCCCAAGCGACCAUCGUCCGGCUCCUAACCAUAACUACACUAAACGCCUACCUGACGUCCCAAAUCCUCUACCUGACGGCCGGCUCGCAAGACCCGCGACUCCUCCUGCCGGCAUGGGUAGGCAUCUCGGCAAUGCUGACGCUGUUAUAUCAUAUCACGCAGCGCAAGAUCAACAUCCGCAAGGAGACGAGUAUGUCCAUCCGGGCCUUUUCGGUGGCUAGCUUCAUCAGCAUGGUGGCGUUGCUGGCACAGGUACACUCUAACCGGACCGACUAUCCACAAAUUCCCUUGUGGACCUUUGUUACCAAGGUUUGGCAGGAGUUUGUAAAAGUUGCUUUGAAGAUCAUGGAUUAUGGGACUGUUGCUAGGGACUACUAGAGCGCUCCCGACAGGGUACGGAUAGCGUUGCUGGAUGGUUGGUGUUAUUGGUUCGAUUUGGAAUACUUGGAAUACAUAGUCAAAGGCACAGUAGCAAGCAUUGUACCGGAGUUUGGAGUCAGGAAUUCAUUAGAAAGGAGAAGAGCAGCAUCACUUCAUGGUAUGGUAUCACAAUACAAGGAAAUAUGAACAAGUCAUACACAGUAAAGAGGUAUCAUGAAGUAUUAUUGAAACUGUCAAAAGACCGCAAGCGCUGCGGCAUGUCAUCAUGACGCGCAGGCCAUGUG